UAGACGAUGAAACUCGGUCAAACUUAAAAAAGAUAACUCUUUGACUUUUGCAAACCUGUGUCUUCUCUGAUCAAACAUCCAGAUUAUUCCAGAGAGUUUAUUUUUGACAAAGUAUUAUUCCAAAGAGAUAAAAAUUUGCAAAAACCAUAAAACGAGUAUUAGAGAUAAUAGAAUAACACUUGACGUUCGUCUCCAGCAACGCAAAUCGUUUUAAUUUUCUUCUCUUUCUACCUGUUUCCCCGAGAAAAGCUUCUGUCUUUCCCGGAAAAAUCUCUCUUCUCCUUCACCAGCAUUCAGAAACUUUUCUAUUUUCCCUCGCUUCACUUCUUUUUUUUUUAAUCUUUCAUCGUGUAACUUUUUUCUCUUACUCAGCAUAAGAGAUCUCGACGCGUGUCAUCUAAAAUUCACGAGAGAAUCACACGACAAAAAGGACAAUAAAUAAAUUAAAAUAAAGAAAACAAAAUUCGAUAUUGCUUGCUUACACACAUUGAUUGUCGUCUAGAUUGAGAUCCGUCCUUCUCCAGUCAUUUUCUUUUAAACAGAUUCCAUUUUCUCUUCCAUUCCUUUUUCUCUCUCUUUUGUCUUGUUCCCUUUUGCUUCUCCCUUCAAAAAAAAAUCCAUCCUUCAUAUAACGUCAAAGCUCAUCAGAAUCCCAUCUCUCUCUGUUUCUCAAUCUCUGUGGAGGAAAGGAACCAUGGUGAACGGUAAAGGGUCAACAAAAAAAUCGAAUCUUGAUCGGUUCCUUCAUUGCACAACACCCUUAGUCCCUCCCCAAUCUCUCCCAAAGGUGGAGAUUAGAAGCUUGAAUCGAUUGUGGCAUCCGUGGGAGAGAGAAAAGGUUGAGUUUUUCAGGUUGAGUGAUCUUUGGAACCGUUACGAUGAAUGGAGUGCUUAUGGAGCUAGUGUCCCUAUUCAUCUCACCACUGGUGAAUCUCUUGUUCAAUACUAUGUUCCUUAUCUCUCUGCCAUCCAGAUUUUCACCUCUCAUUCCUCCUUGAUCUCGUUAAGGGAAGAGUCUGAAGACGGGGAAAGUGAUGGGAGGUAUCCUUUUAGUGAUUCAGGUAGUGAUGAGAGUGUCUCUGAGGAAGGGCUUGAGAAUAAUCUGAAUGAUCGUUUGGGUUAUCUUUAUCUUCAGUAUUUUGAGAGAUCUGCUCCUUAUACUAGAGUUCCUCUCAUGGAUAAGAUCAAUGAGUUAGCUCAAAGGUAUCCGGGGUUGAUGUCAUUGAGAAGUGUAGAUCUUUCUCCAGCGAGCUGGAUGUCUGUUGCGUGGUAUCCUAUUUAUCAUAUACCAAUGGGAAGAACCAUUAAAGACUUGUCCACUUGUUUCCUCACUUACCACACUCUCUCCUCUUCCUUUCAAGAUAUGGAGCCGGAAGAGAAUGGAGGGGAGAAAGAGAGGAUGAGAAAGGAAGGGGAAGACAUAACUCUACUCCCAUUUGGGAUGGCUACUUACAAGAUGCAAGGAGAUGUUUGGCUUUCUCAUGACCAUGAUGACCAAGAGAAACUGGCUUCACUUUCUAGCGUUGCGGAUUCUUGGCUAAAACAGCUUAGAGUCCAACAUCAUGACUUCAACUACUUCUGCACUAUGUCAAUGACUCCUCGUGGCUAAAACCAACCUCUGGUUCGAUGUUUGUUUCUCUCUCCUCAUCAUCAUCAUAAAGUCCCAUCCUUUUCUUUGUUAUGGAACUGCUGGCGUUUUGUUUAAAACGCAGUUUGAGUGAUCUGGCUUUUGUUAGCGUUUUUUUGGUUAGGAUAGCGUUUUAAGAUACCUAACCUUUUGAGAAAAUGUUAAUGUCGUAUAUAGAGUUUGUUGUCUUGUUGGAACAGAGUAAUCGUUGGUUGUUGUUGCGUGUUUACAAACAGAGUAAAUGCUUUCUUGUAAGUUUAUAUAACAUCCUUCACAUAACCAUCAGCAUCGUUACUGAAG